AUGCUUGGAAUAAUUCCGCUUCCGUUUGCAAAGCCGCAGCCUCAGACCCGCCGCGCACGCCGCGUCCGCCCGGCGCCCGCUCAGAGUCCCGACCGGCCCGCGGCUGCCCGCUUCGUCGCCAUGGCCACCUCCCCGCAGAAGUCGCCGUCUGUCCCCAAGUCCCCCACUCCCAAGUCGCCCCCGUCCCGGAAGAAAGAUGACUCCUUCUUGGGGAAACUCGGAGGAACUCUGGCCCGGAGGAAGAAAGCCAAGGAGGUGUCAGAGCUUCAGGAGGAGGGCAUGAACGCCAUCAACCUGCCCCUCAGCCCCAUCCCCUUCGAGCUGGACCCUGAGGACACAAUGCUGGAGGAGAACGAAGUACGAACAAUGGUGGACCCCAACUCACGCAGCGACCCCAAACUUCAAGAACUGAUAAAGGUAUUAAUUGACUGGAUUAAUGAUGUUUUGGUUGGAGAAAGAAUCAUUGUGAAAGACCUAGCUGAAGAUUUAUAUGAUGGCCAAGUCCUGCAGAAGCUUUUUGAGAAACUUGAGAGUGAGAAGCUGAACGUCGCUGAGGUCACCCAGUCAGAGAUUGCCCAGAAGCAAAAGCUGCAGACUGUCCUGGAGAAGAUCAAUGAAACCCUGAAACUUCCUCCCAGGAGCAUCAAGUGGAAUGUAGACACUGUUCAUGCCAAGAGCCUGGUAGCCAUCUUGCAUCUGCUGGUUGCUCUGUCCCAGUAUUUCCGGGCACCAAUCCGACUCCCAGAUCAUGUUUCCAUCCAAGUGGUUGUGGUUCAGAAACGAGAAGGAAUCCUCCAGUCUCGGCAAAUCCAAGAGGAAAUAACUGGUAACACAGAGGCUCUUUCUGGAAGGCAUGAACGUGAUGCCUUUGACACCUUGUUUGACCACGCACCAGACAAGCUGAACGUGGUGAAAAAGACGCUCAUUACUUUCGUGAACAAGCACCUGAAUAAAUUGAACCUGGAGGUCACGGAACUGGAAACCCAGUUUGCAGAUGGGGUGUACCUGGUGCUGCUCAUGGGGCUCCUGGAGGGCUACUUCGUGCCCCUGCACAGCUUCUUCCUGACCCCGGACAGCUUUGAGCAGAAGGUCUUGAACGUCUCCUUUGCCUUUGAGCUCAUGCAAGACGGAGGAUUGGAAAAGCCAAAACCACGGCCAGAAGACAUCGUCAACUGCGACCUGAAAUCCACACUGCGAGUGUUGUACAACCUCUUCACCAAGUACCGGAACGUGGAGUGA